GACUGGCACGAGCGAAGUCUGUGCCCAGUCAGACCUACUCCUCCCAGGUGGUGACACUGUGGUACCGGCCCCCGGACGUGCUCCUUGGGGCCACCGAUUAUUCCACCGCCCUGGACAUCUGGGGAGCGGGUUGCAUAUUCAUUGAGAUGGUGGAAGGUUGUCCAGCUUUUCCUGGUGUGUCUGAUAUCAUGGAGCAACUCCGGAGAAUCUGGGCAGUCCUGGGACUUCCCACAGAAGAGAGUUGGCCUGGAGUCACAGCACUCCCAAACUACCGCACAGAGCACUUUAUACCUCAGCCACCUCAAAAGCUGGGCCAUGUUUGGAAAAGAUUAGGCCUGGUUCCUCAGGCGGAGUCUCUAACAUCGCAGCUCCUCCAGUGCUACCCGCGGGACAGGAGCUCGGCAGAAGAUGCCCUGGCACACGAGUACUUCAGCAGCCUACCCCCUGCUCUGUUCCAGCUCCCCGACAUGGUUUCCAUCUUCAGUGUGGCUGGAGUCCGCUUGGAGCCCGAAGCCCGGAAUGCUUUCCAUCCCUUUCGGAAGGUCAGAUGCACAUCAAUCCUUGCCUGACAUGGAGGGAGAACG